AUGGAAAUUACGAAAACUUCUCCUCUAGAAGAAAUUAGAAGGGAGAACUAUCUCCCCAGAAAUUCCAACGAGAUGAUGAGUAGUACAAAAACUAGCAACGGACUUGGUAGGACUUACAGUUUAAGGUCAAAUUUUAGUGCAGUAUCGUUUGAUUCUGUGGUAACAACUGAAAGACUACUAGAUAAAUUAGAAUUGAGUACAGAAGAUCAACUUCUCUUUGAACAGGUAGUACAAAAAGAAAAAGAGCGCAAUCACUCAGGAAAAUCGAAUGCCAUUGUCAGUCCCAGAACAAUCUGUAUGCCCGCUUCUCAGUUCCCAUCUUUGAGAAUGAGACAGAUGAAAAUAAAUAACUCAGCAAAUAGCAGUACGAUAAAUCUGUAUAAAACACAGGAUGGUGCUAUUGUAAAGGACUCUAUAAAACAGCUAUUAGAAAAUGAUCUAAUAUUGAAAGAUAAAUCUAUAGCAGCAAGUGUCGAACAACAUUAUGCUUCGACUUCAAGAUUUUCAUACGUUGCAGAAGAAGAUCCCUGCUCUGAUGAAUUAAUAGACGAUUUGACUAAUAAUUAUAAAGAUGCAGGAGCUGUUACAAAAAACACCGGAAGAGGCACUUCUUUCAAGUACGGCGCCAGGAACAAUGUCGCUAAUUUUGAAAAAUUUAGAAUUCUUAAUGAACAACAAUCAACUAGGCAUAGUUCUGACUCAAGUGCUCCACAAAGUCAUAAUGGACAAACAUUUCAGAAAAUUAAUUUUAAAGGAAAACAGCUGGAUAGUGUCGGCCUUAGUCACGCAGCCACCAUAAUACCCGAAUCCAACAAGCGUACCAAAGUUCAAUCAUCUUUCUACUCAUCUACUAUAGGUACUGGUAGUACAAAUAGUGCUAGUAGCCAGUUCUCAGAAAUAAGACAACCCGCUGAGCAUUCCCCUGAUACAAUAGUUUCUAGCUCAGAGAGUAAACUCUGGAACAGCACACCCGUGAGAAAUAAAUUUCAUAAAGAAUCCACUCCCAAGGGAUCUAUUAACGGAGACCCAUUUGAUUUCGAAAAUGACAUAACUUUCAUUCAAAAUGUUGCAGAAACAUCCUCUCCUCUAACUGCUUCCUACAAGUCUCAUAAGAAAAAAUCUUCUCUAUCUUCAUUGAAAAGUCUGUUCAGAACUACGAAAUCUUCAAAAAAUAACCAAGAUAAAACCAAACUAUCGUAUAAUAAUAGAUGCAACAAUACAAGUGAACAGUAUUCUACUCAGUACGCUAACGACUCCCAUAAUUCUAUGAGAAGUAACAGCAUUUCGGUGGACUCCUCUAAUUCACUGGAAAGCUCACCUUCAAGAUCAAAAUCGUCUAUUAAAAAUAAGUUCAUAUUCCCACCGAAUCCUGUUUUUCCUUCUGAUAAAGAAAUAUAUUCCAAUACAAAAUCUAAAAAUAAUAGCGCUAAUAGACAUUUUCGUUCAUUCUCUGAUGUUCAUAGCAAAUCAAAAUUUUUGAGAUUGGAUGAUCACAAAACGGGCAAGGAUUCAUUUACAACAAAAGCGUACUCAAGUUCAUGUAAUGCGUCACCAAUAAAAUUUAUAAAUCAUAAGCAGAGCCAUAACAGACGUGCUUCCAUUCCGAAUGAUGACCUUCUGAAUGAAUUUACUGCGUCACCAUCUAUGAAAAAUGUCCUUGCAACACAAAGUGGCAGCCCUGGUGUAGGAAGUAAAUCUGAAAAUCUCCGAGAUAAAACGAGCAACAAUGACUUGAUAUCAUCGGCCAUAGCCAUGAGAAAAGUGGGUAACAUGAAGGCGAGUGCUGAGAAGUUACAAAAAGCCUGCAAAUCGGGUGAUAAGACUGCAUUUUUGUUAUAUGGAUUGGCAUUAAGACAUGGAUAUGGAGUAACGAGAGACUUAAGCAUGUCAUUUAAAUAUAUUUUGAUGGCUACAGGCCUGAAUCCAUCACAAGUUCACAGUAAAAUCCUUGAAUGCAGCAUUGAUCCAUCUGAAAUCGAAAAGCAUUUGAACGUAUUGCCAGAAAGGAUCAUUGAACCCCUAGUUCCUGCUAUAUAUGAGUGUGGGAUCGCAUACCUAAAAGGAUAUGGGGUCGAUCAAGUUGAUGAGCACAGGGGUUUGAAGUUUCUGGAGAAAUCUGCUUCCAUGGGACAUGUUGAUUCAAUGUGUAUAUGUGGUAUUAUUUGGUCUCAAAAAUCUACCUGUAGAAAGAAAGAUAUUGCAAGAGCUGCUGCUUGGUUCAGAAUUGCAGAAAAGAGGGGUGCCAAUUUAUUAGGUUCUGAUUGGAUCCAUAAAAAGAAGUAUAUGAAAAGAUCCAAGUCUUAA